AUGGGUUUCAUUACCAAGGCCAUCCCCCUCGCCCUGGCGGCGAUGUCUGUUGUCAACGGCGCUGAGAUUUUGGAGACUCGUGCCGGUGUCCAGACCCUCGCCGAUAAGUACAUCGUUAUCAUGAAUGAUGGUGUGACUGAAAAGGCCUUCGACUCUCACCGUUCGUGGGUUAACCGUACUCACCGCCGCCGUCUGGUGCGCCGUGGUGCUAAAGCCAUGGGUGGCAUGAAGCACACCUACAAGUUCCCAACUGGAAUGAAGGGAUACUCUGGUCACUUCGAUGAGGAUAUGAUCAAUCAGAUUGCUAAACACUCUGAUGUCAAGUACAUUGAACGUGAUGCUCGCGUCCAAAUCAACGCAAUCACUGAGCAGGACAACGUCCCAUCCUGGGGUCUUGCCCGUGUUGGCUCCAGGGAAGCCGGCGGUAGCACCUACUACUACGACUCCACUGCCGGUGAGGGCUCUACUGCCUACAUCAUUGAUACCGGUACCGAUAUCGAGCACGAGGAAUUCGAGGGUCGUGCCACCUGGGGAAGCAACUUCGUUGAUGACAUGGAUAUGGACUGCAAUGGCCAUGGAACUCACGUUUCUGGAACUGUUGGUGGUGCUACUUUCGGUGUCGCUAAGAAGAGCAACAUUGUCGCCGUUAAGGUUCUUGACUGCAACGGCUCCGGCUCUAACUCCGGUGUCAUCAUGGGCAUGGAAUGGGCUACUAACGAUGCCAAGAAGAAGGGUGCUGACAAGGCUGUUGCCAACAUGUCCCUUGGUGGUGCUUUCUCCCAAGCUUCCAACGAUGCCGCUGCCGCUAUUGCCAACGGUGGUGUCUUCCUAGCUGUUGCCGCCGGUAACGACAACGUCGAUGCUGCUAAUUCUUCCCCUGCUUCCGAGCCAUCCAUCUGCACUGUCGCUGCCUCCACCGAGCAGGACGGCAAGGCAGACUUCUCCAACUUCGGUCAAGUUGUUGAUGUUUACGCUCCUGGUGACUCCAUCACCUCCGCUAAGCCAGGCGGUGGCUCUCAGGUCCUCUCUGGUACCUCCAUGGCCACCCCACACGUCGCUGGCCUCGCUGCCUACUUCAUUGGACUCGGCAUGCCUGGUGGCCCAGGCCUCUGCGAUACCAUCAAGCAAAAGGCCAUUGACGCUAUCGCCAACCCUGGUGCUGGCACCACCGGCAAGCUCAUCAACAACGGAUCCGGCAAAUAA